GACCUGCCAGGGGUGACAAGGGACGGGGGAAGCAAAACACACAGAGGCACAAGCCAUACUCACAAACUGUAAUGGAAAUGAUAACAUAAAAUAAAUCCAUUCAUGCUGAUCGGCAGAAUGAGAACAGCUAUUCCCAGGACUUUGUUGAAACAGGAUGGCAAAGAAAAGGGGGAGGCAAUAAACAAAGCAUUCAGAGACAUAGCCUGGCAGAUGCGAUAGCAGCAAUAAUUAAAGCAGCUUUGUAAUUCACAAUAACUGUGGGGCUAGCAAGAAAUUGCAGGCACCGCUUCUAAGAAGGGCCAGCCUGGCCUUUGCAACUCAUAAAGACGCAAACGUGGGAGGUUGCAGACCCUGGGGGGGUUCAGAGGAAGCAUGUGAAGGGUGGAGGACUUUUUCUUUUUUUUUAUCCAGCCCUGAAUAAGAGCUGGGAGCAUGCAGGAUGGCAAGGAGAAACCCGGACUGAGUGCCCGUGGGGCUGGGGCCACGUUUUUCACAUUGUUUCUAGGCAUGUGAAAAGCUGCCUGGAGAAAGGGGAGGUGGGAUGCAAAGCCCAGCACCCAUUGUCCCCCACUCCCCUAUUUAACAGUAGAGCAAUUGAGGCAAUGCAUGCCCUGAAAACAUCUCCCCCCAUAACCCAAAUCUGGGCAAGCCCGUAAGGAGCCAGACCUCUUCCCUCACCAAGCAUGCAGCCUGAGCCAGCCAUUGAUCUGUAGAUGGUGUCCCCAGGACACCCCCAGCACACCAGAGAUGAGCGCAGGGCACUGGGCUCAGGAGGGCUCAGAGCAGCCUCUGCCAGCAGCACAGGGGACUCUUAUCACCAACCCGCAGCUGGCCAAAGGGAGGGGAGAUAUGGCAAUUCCUGUGAUGUGGUAACUGCGUCUCCACAAACAGGACAGGGGCUCUGCAGGAGCACCGGGAGGGAACUCCUGAAGGCAGAAGAGCAAAACGAGUGUUAGAUGAGGUCACAUAACCACUGGCAGCUCCAGCUGCAGGCUGCAGGGAGCAGACUGUGCCAGAUGCCCAGCGGUGCUCUCCCGGCCAUCCAGCUCCUCCGGGGUUCGACCCGCUCACUCGAACGAGGUGGAAACACUGCAAGUCCAGUCCAGCCAAGAUCUGCUGAGGUCAAGGGAGUGGAGAGCAGACUGAAGAUGUUCAGACCCAUCUGAAACCUACCUUCCCACAGGAAUGCUGGUGUCCAGUAUGGAGAUAGAAGAGAUGGAGACCCUGGCCAAUGAGCGGAUGUGACCCUGGACCCAAACACUGCCAACCCCUUCCUCAUCCUGGCUGAUGAUGGGCGAGACGUGAGGCGCGGGGACAUGUGGACGUUGCUGCCCGACAACCCCGAGCGGUUUGACACGGAGCCUUCACUGUAACCCAGAAGAAGCCCAGCUGUCCUGAGCAAGAUUUUCCUCCGUCGGUCACCCAGGUCAUACGUUUGCAGAGAUGCAUUUUCUUUCGUUUUUCCAUUACUUUGUUAUGUGCGUCACGAUGCUCCUCAUUCACAAGCCAGCGGCAGAUGGGUUUGCAGUGCCAGCAUCCAGUCACCCUGUCCUUGCUGCUGUGGGGGGGGCUGCUGUGCUGCCCUGCUGCCUUGACCUGGGAGCAAGCACUCGGCCCUCAGAGGUGAGCUGGCUCAGGAUGCCGCACUCGUCACUUGUGCAUCACUACUGCGAGCAGAAGGGCCAGGACCGGGAGCAGACUCCAGAGUACCAAGGCAGGACAGAACUGCUGAUGCACCGCAUCCGCCAGGGCUGCAUGGAUUUGAGACUUUCUGCUGUCCAACCCUCUGAUGAGGGGCAGUACGCCUGCUUGGUUCGUAGUGGCAUCAGCUACAAAGAAGCUCGGCUGGAACUGAAGGUGACAGCCAUGGGGUCUGCUCCUCAUAUCUCCAUGGAGAAUAUCCAAGGAGGCAUCAGAAUUGUGUGUCGAUCAUCUGGUUGGUACCCAUUGCCCCAGGUCCUGUGGAGAGAUUCCAGCCAUCAGCACAUACCUUCAGAGACUGAAAACCGAUCCCGGGACGCAAGGGGCCUUUUUGAAGCACAGAGUACCCUCCUUGUCAUGGGAAGUACUUCAAAGGACUUGUCCUGUGUGGUGAGGAAUACGUACCUCAACGAAGAAAAGGAAACUGCUUUUCAAAUGUCAGACUUUUUACAAGGAGCCUAUCCAGGCGUGGUUGUUCCAGGUGUGAUCCUGACAGUGUUUGGUGUCAUUGGCUUCAUUGCUUAUCUGUUGAAGAUCGAAGGGUGGAGGAGAUUUGCAGACAAACUAGGAAAAGCAAACAUGACUCUGGAUCCAGACACAGCUCACCCCUGGCUGCUCCUCUCAAAGGAUGGUAAAGGCGUGAGAUGGGGAGCAGAGUGGCAAAAGCGGCCUGAAGUUCCUGAGAGGUUUGAUACAUGGUGUUGUGUGCUGGGCUACGAGGGCUUCACUUCUGGGCAGCACACCUGGGAGGUCACCGUGGACAGUGCAAAGAGCUGGGGCGUGGGACUUGCCAGGGCCUCUCUGCAGAGGAAGGGACGGAUCCCACUCAGCCCCCAGGAGGGGCUCUGGGCUGUGGUGAAGCUGGACAAAGUUUUUCGGGCUCUGACGUCCCCUGAAUGCACCCCACUGCCACUGACCUGCAUCCCAAGAAGGAUGCACAUUUCUCUGGAUUAUGAAAAGGGUCAAGUAGCCUUUUCAAAUGCUGAUACGGAUGUCCCCAUCUUCACUUUCCUGCCAGCCUUGUUCAAGGGAGAGAGAAUCCACCUUUGGCUCUGGGUAUGGGAUAAAAAAUCCUGGCUUAGGUUGUCUCCCUGAAGCACGGCCCUUAGAGAACCUGUAUUAGUUUAGCCUUGCCUCUACAUUUCUGAAGACUUCCUACUGAAUUAAUUUGUGAACUGGAGGGUCAAUGUUUUAGGAUGGCUUUGUCAAACAGCAGGCUAACAGGCGAGCAGGGGUUGAAAGGUGACGGGCAACUUAGAGAAAGGGUUUCCCUCUUGGGAGGGCAGUAGUCCAUGCUGAGCCUUGCUUGCAGUUCUAUGCGUUGUGUGACAGCUGGGUGGUCCCAAAGCAAUUCCUACUGGCUGGAGCUUGCUUUUUGGAGGUGCACAGACUAUGUGUUUCUGUGAAUGGAAAGAGACGAUGGGAAAGCUUGAGCUUCAUUCACAGCUGUCCACCUACAUGACAUUUUAGGCCAGGCUCUUGUCUUUUGGCACAGAACAGCAAGAUUACGAUUUAUGGUCUGUCCCUUCCAAGGCUCAGAUGGCUCUCAGGUGUUCCUUUCCAUACUUCCAGCUAGGUGUAUGGUGCAAUGCAAGAGUGACAUCUUGACUCCUGAGUGAAGAGUGCUGAACUAAAACUCCAGGCAGCCCCAGAGAGACCAGAACUCGGAGUUCCAUGACCACCACUCAGCAACUUUGCCUUGGUUUUGCAGCUUGUUGGAAAUAUCCUGUGCCAGAAUAACCAGCAACCUCAGGACGUGGUGGCUCCACACAUCCCUUUUUUCCAGCAGUUUAGCUGUUGUCUGAGGUCAACCCACCACAGUCCUUUUUGGCACCACUCAACAUGGAGCUUGAAGAAGUCUUAUGAGAAGCAAAGUUGGGUUUUUGCAAUAGAAGGUGUUUUUGCAGUGGAAAAUUCCACUAACCUUGCAUACUCAAAAAUGAUUGUGCGGCAUAGCAGUGGGGAGUAUGUUAAGCAGAUAAGGGGAAGGUCCCACUGUCCCAAAAUAAGGAGGAUAGCUAAGGAAAACAGGAUGAGCAGUACAAAGUCAGUAAAUACAAAAAUCAUGGACCCUCUAGUCACAAGAGAAGAAGGAAAAAAAAAAGGAAAAGGAGAAAUUAACAGUUGGUCAAAUCAAAUUGUACAUAUACAGUAUAGAAGUGUGUCAAGUAGGUUGUGAACGUGUGGUACUCAGCCAAUGAGGAAACAGAGGAGAAAUCAGGUGUCGGGGAAUAGGGAAUAUAAGGUUAUGAUAAAAUUUUACUGUGUGGUCCUGCUUGCAGGACUCCUGCCAUUGCAAUCGUGAAUAAAAUGGCU